GGACCCUGGGGUCAUGACUAGAGCCAAAGACAGAGGCUUAACCCACUGAGCCACCCAGGCACCCCACCUGUGCUUUUUCCGAUACUAUAUCAUCCCCCUCUUGGCCUCACUAUCUCCUAUAGGAGGAUCAGUUGCCAAUUGCUGGAAAAAUCAACUUUGCCUGAAUGUUUAGGAAGCUAUUUGGGAUUUCCAGUGUUUUUCUUCCUCUUCAAGAAUAAUAAAGCAGGCUCACAUUUCAGGGUUGGUAGUGGUCAUGGUCCAUCUCUUCUGCUCCCUACCUCAUUCUGCUGCUUUGCUCCAAAAGAACUUCUGGGCUCACAAGCUUUUUCCCUGAAGAGGUCAUCAUUUCAAGGGAACUGAGAUCUCAUUUAAAGUUUCUAGUUAAGAAAAUCCAAGGCUCUUGUCUUUCUUUGGCUUUCCAGUGGCAGUUGUUAGGGAAUGAAGCAUUGAUCCACCCUCUCAGCUCUAUCCACCCCUGUGUCCGAUGGAAUAAGACGAAAGGAAGGCAGUGCUGGCUCUCCUGUUUACCCUCCUUCUUUCAUGCCCCCCACGGUGCUGACAGCGGCCAAGGAGGUGGUGAGAUUUCUGCCACGGCGCUAGCUGGGCCACCUGUGAAGCCACUGCCAAAGUCAACAUGUGCAGCCUUUGUGUCUGGCCAGUAGGUUUCAUAAUGGUGGUUAAUGGAAGUUCCUGUUCAGAUGCCCUCAAGCUCGUUGUGUAAUUCUGUCUCUAGACCUCCCGGGCAUCUUCUCUUAUGUAAAAGCUCGAUCUUUAGGGAGCUUUAAAAAUUUCUCUUAACUGGUCACUUGGAAAGGUCCUUGGAGGCUCCUGUGAGUGGCCAUUAAAGGAAAGAGCAUUAGUCCUAGUGGCCGUUCAGUAGAAAUUUGUUGUAGUCCUCGUGUGGACCAGCUUUUGUUCUGGAAAAGUGGAAGAGAGGGCACACAAGUGACUAAGCAGUGAACUCAGAGCCCUGGGACUGUUGGUCUCAGUCAGAGGUGGAGGAGAGGCAGAUAAAUAAAUAACCAUACUAUAAAUUAGAACCAGAGAGCUCUGUGGAGGGGGGCCUGUGAGUGGGUCACUUUGGAUGGAAGCUGAGGAGAGGAUUAGGGAAGGCACGCUCUCUGAUGAGCACCGGCUGACAUAUGGAAGUGUUGAAUCACUACAUUGUACACCUGAAACGAAUAUUACAUUGAUGUUAACUUACUGAAAUUUGAAUAAAAACAAACGAAAAAAGAAGCUGGAAGCCUGUUUUAAAGUCUUCUUUGAGGGGAGAGAAGAAUUUCUGUGAGGGUGAAGAGAGGUGAGAAGGGUUCUUUGUAGGAGCGGUUGUGUCCUCUGUCUUCAGGGCUGUGUCUCAAGACCUACAGAAGGGCCUGCCCGAGUUGUGCAGCCUGAGGGCCUCGCACUUUCUCUUAACCCAAGAGCCCCACCUUGCUUGGUUUAACGCUCAGCCAUUGCUGUCCGGAAAUUCUUAAUGUUUGUCUUUUUGCUUUGGCAGUGGGCCCUGCGAAUCAUGUAGUCAGCCCUGCGGGUGGUGAUGGGGCGGCGGUAAAGGUAGCUUGAGCCUAGAAGCUGUAGGAGCUGAGCAAGGUGUGGCGACAGGGUUGUAGAGGAGAACCAGGGAGGCUGGCGGUCUGUGGAGGGAGGCUGACCGCAGACAGACAGAUGUGGCAGAUACCAGCAGCCCCAGUUCACACAUCUGGUAGAGAUGGGCCGCCUUCAGGCCCUGGGACCACAGCCGAGAGGGUUAUAGGAGACGGCGGAGGCUUUUAGCUGGGCUGCAGAGUCUGCUCGCCAGCAGGAAGGCAGAGAAAGGAUUCCCCAGGCCAGUGGCAGCGAGGCAGAUGUUUUGCAGGAGUGGGGGUGAGGCCCUUUCCAGAAAGACCCGGAAAUCUCUGGUGGGACAGCUUGUGGAAACACGCACCACAGCUGCUGAGCUGAGCAAAUGACCUACAGAUCAGGGUUUGUGUCAGUAUCAAGAGCUUCACUAGAACAAAUAUUCAUCCAAAAAUAAACUUCCCGCUCUUCCUGUUUUUAUAACUUGCCUAUUUCCUCCGAGUUUGAGGCCAGUCUCCAGCUCCGUGGGUUAUUAAUCUUCAGAGGAUCAAGACCUCUAUAGAAGUAUUUCCUGUACAUGUUUAUCUACCCAGGCCUAAAUUAUUUUCUCCAAAUGAUAAGAGAACUUUUCCAUACUGGUGUGUCAGACUUUUCCUUGGAGAAGUUUCAGUGAGGCAGCACGGCGAGUAAGGCCAGUCCCGAAGGGUUGAGCCCAGCACACGGGAACACCGGCAGGGGUGCGCAGGGACCGGCCGUGGGUGUCUGUAGGUGCCCUCAAUCAGCUCACCUCCCUCCGGAUGACCAACAGCUCCUUUCUGGCCAGAGCCCCAGGAGAUGAAGUGAUUGCCACAGAGGGCCCGACUGGAGAGGGUUUUAAGCACCCAGCUGAAUAUCCACAGGGGCAUCAUCGUUCCAGGAAUGCUUCUAACCCCUUUGAAGAAUUUAAAACACCCCUCAUUGGGCCCUAAUUUGUUCUUAAAACAUCUUCCAGCUUUGCCCUUUGAAAAACAAGGGGAUGAGGAUAUAUUUGGUGCUCAUGACUGUGCACAAAGAAGAGAAAAGCCAUGUUGACGCCAGGCCAAGUUCAGACCCGGCAGACAGACAGACAGGCUUGGGUAUGUAGGCGUGAGCGUUACCGCUUGCCUGCCUCUGGGAGACGAUCUUUGCUCUUCUACCUUUCUGUGCUUACAGAUGUCAGGCCAGCACACAGAGUGGCCGUGGGGACUGGGCUGCGUGGGUGGUGGCUUGCGCUGCAGCGGAACUUGGAGGGAAGCCAGCUGCCUUUUCCUGAGGCCUUCCGAGGUGGGGCAGGGAUGUCCUAUUUUGCACGGAGCUCCGCCCAUCCCUCUUGGUGAUCCAGUGACAGCUAUAUUGUGCGUGUCAAGGCUGUGGUUAUGACCAGAGAUGACUCCAGCGGGGGAUGGUUCCCACAGGAAGGAGGCGGGAUCAGUCGCGUGGGGGUCUGUAAGGUCAUGCACCCCGAAGGCAAUGGACGAAGCGGCUUUCUCAUCCAUGGUGAACGCCAGAAGGACAAACUGGUGGUAUUGGAAUGCUAUGUAAGAAAGGACUUGGUCUACACCAAAGCCAACCCAACCUUUCAUCAUUGGAAGGUCGACAAUAGGAAGUUUGGACUUACUUUCCAAAGCCCAGCUGAUGCUCGAGCCUUUGACAGGGGAGUGAGGAAAGCAAUCGAGGACCUUAUAGAAGGCUCAACCACAUCAUCUUCCACCAUCCAUAAUGAAGCAGAGCUUGGCGAUGAUGACGUCUUCACAACAGCUACAGACAGUUCUUCUAAUUCCUCCCAGAAGAGGGAACAACCUACUCGGACAAUCUCUUCUCCCACAUCCUGUGAGCACAGGAGGAUUUAUACCCUGGGCCACCUCCACGACUCAUACCCCACGGACCACUGUCACCUUGAACAGCCGAUGCCGAGGCCCUACCGCCAGGUGAGCUUCCCAGACGACGACGAGGAGAUCGUGCGCAUCAACCCGAGGGAGAAGAUCUGGCUGACGGGCUACGAGGACUACCGGCACGCGCCCGUGAGGGGCAAGUCCCCGGACACGUCAGAGGACGCCGACUCGUACGUGCGCUUCGCCAAGGGCGAGGUCCCUAAGCACGACUACAAUUACCCGUACGUGGACUCCUCGGACUUCGGGCUCGGCGAGGACCCCAAAGGGCGCGGGGGCGGCGUGAUCAAGACCCAGCCAUCCCGGGGCAAGUCCCGGCGGCGGAAGGAGGACGGCGAGCGCUCCCGGUGCGAGUACUGCAGGGACAUGUUCAACCACGAGGAGAACCGGAGGGGCCACUGUCAGGACGCGCCCGACUCCGUGAGAACUUGCAUCCGCCGCGUGAGCUGUAUGUGGUGUGCGGACAGCAUGCUCUAUCACUGUAUGUCGGACCCCGAGGGAGACUAUACAGACCCCUGCUCGUGCGAUACUAGCGACGAGAAGUUUUGCCUCCGGUGGAUGGCUCUUAUUGCCUUGUCUUUCCUGGCCCCCUGUAUGUGCUGUUACCUGCCCCUUCGGGCCUGCUACCACUGCGGAGUGAUGUGCAGGUGCUGCGGUGGGAAGCACAAAGCGGCCGUGUGACUCAGUUUACCCCUUCCCCUGCUCCUCCCCCUCCUCCUCCUCUUCCUCCUCCUCCCACAGCCACAAGGAAACUUGGUUCCGACAUACUCUCACCUUCUUCCCUGCACCCUGGUACCUUGAGGCGCUAUUCCAGCCCAGGGAGCCCGCCUAGUGGACUCUGCACUCCCCCCCCCCCAUUCCCCCCAACCCCCACUCUGCAUCAGACACACACGCACGCACACAGUGUUGGAAGGAAAGGAACCUCCGCACAACACUCGUGUAUUAACGAUCUGUAAUCAAUCUGUCUUAUACAUGCGUUGAUUUCAUGUCUUUCCUACCCACCUCUUCCAGUGCAAAGGCGCCUGUAGUCGGACUGCUGGUUUGGGGUGGGGUUUGUAGUUGGUUUUUCUAGCCGCUCCUUUCUCUUGGUUCAGCUCGCCGUUGCUAAGGAGUAUUGGAUUCCUGCAGAUAGGUAACGUCAAAACGAUGAAACCCCACCAGAAGUAUUUUAACCUGCAGUUGGAUUAUGUAUAGGAGGUGAGCUAAUUAACAAAAGUCUCCCACAAAACAAGAUCGCUUUAACUUUUUGGAAAGCCAAAUUUCCCAAGGAAGCUGCAGUUUCUAUCUGGAGCUCCUCAUUCUCUGCCCUCCCCCAGAAAUCUGUCAAUCAUUUACUGAUGCAAAACAUUCAUCCAUGAAAUGACUGAGAAUUGAGCCUUAACUUGAGAUUAACUUGUGUGAAUCAGGAAAAUUCCUUAAACCGCAUUGCAUCCUCAUGGACCACGCCUAGAAAAGGGGGAUUUCAGGUACUCUUGAGAGCCUCCCUGGUAACCCCUUAAAUAGAACUUUCUUAAAAUUGUGUCCCACCACUUAUAAAAAUUUAGCAAUAUUAGAAGACAACACUAAGAAAUUGUGCUCAUUGUUUUGCAAAUGAAAUAGUUGAGUCGUACACAUACACACACCCGUGUUCUCCAAAGAGUUCCAGUUGAGAAACACCGAGGUUGUGGAAAAUAAAAUUAAAGGAGCUUCCUCCCAUAUCCCCUAUUUUGGGGGAGGGGUGCAUUUUAAAUGUCCUAAAUCUGAAGAGUGGUGGGUUGCAUUUUGUUCAUGGGUUUCUGUUUUUGUUUUUGUUCUAAACUGAAAAUCACAUCACCAAAUUCUUUGUUUAUACUUGGGGGGGAUUAAAAAAAAACCAAGGCCAUAUGUAAAAACCCUUCCAAUGCCUAAGUGUCUUUCUCCUACAUCUCCAAUCCCAGACUUGCCAGUUCGGGUGCACAGAUGGUUAGGUCAGCAGUCUGGGUCUACCUGUCGCCUUGCCAUGUAGGAGGUUUCUAAUUAGCUGGAAAAAAGUAUUUUUCUAAUAUAUUGCAAGGAGUAGCCAAAUCUCAAUGCAGAAAGAAGAAAAACAAAGAGUGGUACCUAGCAUAGUACAAUCAGAACGUCCGUCACGGAGACCGUAGGGGACAGGCUUGUCAAGGCUGGCUUUUCUUCCCUCCAUGAUCUUCCUGUGCUAAUUGCCAGCUGAGGGCAUGGCCUGCUCUCUGUAUCUCCACUACCCCCCCCAUCCCUUCUCUUUUGCACACAGGACAGCUAGUCUUCAAGGAAAGGGACUUUUUUCCAGUCUGCCAAUCGUAUUGGGAAAGUGCUAGCCAUGCUUACCUUCUUGGAAUGUUUUCAGCUCAUCCGAGCACCCAUCACAUUUCUUUAGUCAGAUCAUCAGUGUAAAUACUCCGUGUGCUUAUGAGUUAGUUGGUAGAUGUUUUCAUUUGUUGGGAGUGACUGGUUUGGGCCUUCUGGCUUGGAAAGGAGCAGAGAGCUGUCAGUCUGGUGAUGGAAGAAAAGAGAACUGUUUCCCAGCCUGGAGAACAUGUAGAAAACCUCCAGCCAGCCUCCAGACCCUGUCAAGAGACCAGCGCCCCCUCCCCAAGACCCCCCUCCUGAGGCAUUUCCUCAGGGCCUUUCUCAAGGUCUCUCCUCUCUACAAAGCACAACACUAAUGUAGGUUUGUUAGACCUCAGUUCAAGUGCCCCUAUUUAUUUCACUAGGAACACACAUCCUGGCACAUUCUGUUUGUAGUCCCUGUUUAGUUGUUACUGACCCCUUGUCCUUUUCCACCCUUUGAAGAGUUAUGCUGGUGAAUCUUACUCCGCCUAUACGUUUUGGUCUGUGAAGGCAGUGAGUGGUUAAGGGCACAAGGACAGCCAUGGGGACAUUGAUGUAAAUACGUCUCUCUCUCUAAUUGCCACACUGCAGCUGAACAGUGUGUAGUAUUUUCCCAGUCAGCUUUGCCAUACUGACGUCAAUCAUUUGAGAGAAAUUAUUCAGAUUUUAUUUUUGUAUCUGUGGUAACAAAACAUUAACCAAAAGAUUUGUUUGGAAGCUUCCUCUAACCACCCCCCACCCCCAAGCUAUUUGCUCACAUUAACAAAUUAAAGUGCCUGAAGCAUAAUUCAUUCUUUACCUGUAUACUAAAAAACCCUGUUGUAUUGAUUUUUUUAUAAUAAGCCUUUUUACCUCUGUGUAAAAAAUAUAUAUACAAGUGUAUGAUGUACAUUUUAGUUCUUAACUUUUUUUUAUGGUUUCUAAUAUGUAUGACCAAUGUAGUCAUUGCUUUAAAAUGUACCAUGUAAAUAUAAACACAUCCUAAAGAU